GUGCUCGGCAUAGUCAUUGGAUCACACGCUUUUAUGCGUCUUGUGUUGUCUUAUAGUGAAUUCGUUUAAUUGUAAGUGAAGUGUUGUUUCUUUCUUUCUUUCUUAAACGAAUGUUUAACAUCGUCUUACACGUAUUCAAUCAAAUCUUCAAUUAAAUACAUUCAAAGUACCACCAUGUCGCGUGCUGUAUUAAAGGAUUCACCAAAUGCGGCUUUAGAUAAGUCGUUAUUGCAAAAAUACCUUGACCUGCCACAACCGGAAAAUGCAAUUCAAGUAAGAUACAUAUGGAUCGAUGGAACAGGUGAAAAUGUUAGAUCUAAGACCCGUACUUUGGAUUUUGUGCCUAAACAUCCUUCUGAUAUACCAGAGUGGACUUAUGAUGGUAGCUCGACGUAUCAAGCAGAAGGAAUCAACAGCGAUAUUUAUCUUUCUCCUGUAGCAAUUUACAAUGAUCCAUUCCGUCGUGGUAAUAAUAAGUUGGUUCUAUGUGACACCUAUACCAGCGAUAGAUUACCAACAAAAUCAAAUCAACGUUAUCUAUGCAAUCAAGCAAUGCAAUUUGCUAAAGACGAAGAACCAUGGUUUGGUAUUGAACAGGAAUAUACUCUAAUGGAUAUCGAUAAGAAGCCAUUGGGUUGGCCUAAAAAUGGUUUCCCGGGACCUCAAGGUCCAUAUUAUUGCGGUGUUGGUGCUGAUAAGGUUAUAGCUCGUGAAAUUGUUGAGGCUCAUUACAGAGCAUGUAUUUAUGCUGGUGUUAAAAUAGCUGGUACCAAUGCCGAAGUUAUGCCCUCCCAAUGGGAAUUUCAAGUUGGUCCAUGCAGUGGUAUCAAAAUUGGCGAUGAUCUGUGGAUAGCAAGAUUCCUUCUUCAUUACGUUGCUGAAGAAUACGGUGUUAUCGUCAGUUUUGAUCCUAAACCGGUCGAGGGUCAAUGGAAUGGUGCUGGAGCUCAUGCCAAUUUCUCAACUAAAACGAUGCGCGCCGAAAAUGGUAUUGCAGAAAUAGAAAAAGCUAUUGAUAAGCUUAGUAAACAACACCUUAGGCAUAUCCAAGCUUACGAUCCACGUGGAGGAAAGGAUAAUGAACGUAGAUUGACCGGCAAAUGCGAAACCAGUAGUAUUCACGAUUUCAGCGCUGGCGUAGCUAAUCGUACAGUCAGUAUUCGUAUACCUCGUGGUGUAGCUGAAGAUAAGAAAGGUUACCUAGAGGAUAGAAGACCAAGCAGUAAUUGUGAUCCUUAUGCUGUGACCAAUGCUCUUGUACGCACUUGCAUUCUCAACGAGUAAACAAGCAGAAUAUUUUUUGAUACACACUUUGAAAACUUCUACUAUUAUGUAGAUGUUAGAGAACAUACCUGCACUUUGGACCCCGGUUAUUAAAUGAUUUUUUUUUUUUUUUUUUGUAGAUUGUAGUAUAUAUAGAAUUCUGAAAAAAAAAAAACAAAAGAUCUGGGAAAAUAAAAUACAAAUAAACAAUAACUGUUAUUUAAAGAAUGUUGUGCCAAUGGGUUAAUCAUUGGUAUGACGAAAGUUAAGUUUGAUGCCUUUUUCAUAAUAU